AUGGCCACCGAAGAACCAAUUAUCGUCGUUGAACCCGUGCCUGAACCAGCGACCGCUGAACCUCCGGUAUCGGAUAAAGUGGAGGAACCAAAGGCGAAAGCUGAGAAGACGAAGAAAACCAAGGAAUCCAAGCCUAAGAAAGCUUCGAAACCACGAAACCCCGCUUCACAUCCUACUUAUGAAGAGAUGAUUAAAGAUGCAAUUGUAUCGUUGAAGGAGAAGAAUGGAUCGAGCCAAUAUGCUAUAGCAAAAUUCAUAGAAGAGAAACACACACAGAUUCCUGGAAACUUCAAGAAGCUAUUGCUUCAAAACUUGAAGAAGAACGUUGCUUCUGGAAAGCUUUCUAAGGUUAAAGCUUCAUUCAAGCUUUCUGCAGCGGCUAAGAAGCCAGCAGUAGCCAAGCCGAAGGCAAAGCCAGCUGCCAAGAAGGCUGCGAAAGCUAAGCCAGUAGCUAAGCCUAAAGCUAAAGUUGUUGUUAAGCCAAAGGUUGCUUCAAAGGCAAAAUCUGUUACGACCAAGCCCAAAGCCGCUGCAAAACCCAAAGCUACCAUCAAGCCCAAAACUGCUGCCAAGGCUAAAACUGCUGCUAAGGCGAAAGCAGCUGUGAAACCAAAGCCUGCAAAAGUUGCAAAGACAUCGACAAAGACGACACCAGGGAAGAAAGUUGUUGUUGCGAAGUCUACACCUAAGAAAGCAGUGGCAGCAAAGAAAGCUCCGGUGAAGAGUGUGAAACUUAAGAGUGCUAAGUCUCCAGCCAAGAAGGCUACCGGAGUGAAGAGAGGCGGAAGGAAAUGA